AUGUCAAGCUCCCCGAUAAUUUCCCAGCCAACUACUCACCCGACACCCGUGCCCAGUACUCCAUCGAGUACUCCCCCUAUCGCUCAACUAACACCGGGCAACUCAGGAGACAGUACUGGUAAGGUUAUCGCGGGUUACUGGCAGGGAUGGAACAUGGGCAAGCCCUGUGCUACCAUGAAGCCGGAGGAAAUCCCCGUGGAAUCACUCACGCAUCUCAUCUUUUCAUUUGGAUUCCUCGCCCCGAAUACCUAUAAAGUACUACCCAUGCCAGAUACCGAAGAAGGCUUGUUCAGGCAGGUCACGGAUGUCAAAAAGAAGAAUUCGAAUUUGAAGGUCCUUGUUGCUCUUGGGGGAUGGACACAUACUGACCCCGGGCCAUACCGCGAGGUAUUUACUACCAUGGUAUCCUCGUCCGCCAAUCGACAAAUGUUCAUCACAAAUCUGUUUAGCUUUCUAUCUCAAUACGGGUUCGACGGUGUUGACAUCGAUUGGGAAUACCCUGGAGCCGAAGAGAGAGGUGGCCGCCCAACCGACAAAGAGGAUUUCACGAAACUUCUGCAGGAGAUGCGGCAGCAAUUCCAAAACAAAUACGUGAUAACGUUCGCAGCACCCUUGGCUUCUUAUUACUUGCAGAACUACGAUCUGAAGAGUGCCUCUGAGGCUGUGGACUGGAUUAACGUCAUGGCGUAUGAUAUCCACGGCACAUGGGAGAGCGACAAAAAGGCCGCCGGGCAUACGAACUUGACCGAUGUCAACAAAGGGGUAGAGAAUUACCUUCAGGCUGGUGUAGCACCAAAUAAAGUUGUCUUGGGGACGGCUUUCUACGGUCGCAGCGUAAAAUUGGCGAGUGGAGGAUGCACACAACCCGGCUGUCCGUUUGUAGGACCGGGAGCUGAGGGACAAUGCGUCAAGACUGCAGGCUAUUUGUCUUACACGGAGAUACAGGAUAUCAUAUCUGGCGGUGCAAAACCGGUGUUUGACCAGGCUGGCUCGGUUCAGCAUCUAACAUGGGGCGGGGACAAUUGGGUCUCUUACGACGAUCCACAGACCAUCAAGAUAAAAGUGGACUAUGCUAGGAGAAAGGGAUUACGAGGGCUCAUGGCCUGGGCCAUAGAUAUGGACGACGAGCAAAGGAGCAUGACCAAAGCUUUGUCGGGUCACUGA